AAGUUCACGACAGGUUUGUCCAUGGUGCUUAGGGCUUAUAACCAGGGCCAUGCAGCAUUUGAGGGAUAUUAGAGAUUUUGACAUUUCAGAUUUGACCAAGAAGGAUACAUAUUACGAAAGCAACGCAAGGCCACUUAAUAAAGAAAAUGCUGCUAUGUCCCAAAGAAGAUGCACUUCUUAAACUAUUCUACAAUGUCUCAAGCCCUCUUCACCUUCUCUUUCUCCUUCUCUUCUCCUCUGCCGUUUUCCUUCUUACCUUCUUCACCUUCUCAGGCAGAUACCCCUUCAUCCAAAGGGAUCAAGAAUAUGAAUAUGUGUACACCGAGGAUGAAGAAGAAGAAGAUACUCAAGAAGGGUAUUCUUGUGUUGAUUCUACCGAGGGAGAAAACAUCACUUGUGGGAAAGGAGUUCCUGUGUUUGUGUACAAUGAGAGGCAUCAAAGGACUCAUUCUUAUUCGGAAGAAUUCGUAAGCCCCAGAGAGAGCUUGAAUGAAGAGUCAGAAGAAAAACAUUAUUCUGAAACGUUGUCUCUCCAUAAGUCUCCGCAAGUUUCUGACUUCGACAAUGAAGGGGCAGAAACGGUCGAAGAAGACUUUACAGCAAGAGAUUCUGAUUCUGUUCCAAAAUCUACCAAAGUUACCAAAGUUGAAAGCAGGAACACCUCCCCCUUCAACCUCAACGCGUACAAAGGAAAAAAACACCAUGACGACGAUCACGUUAGCGUUGAAAUUAUCAGAAACAAGAAGGUGCAAGAGCCAAACGCUGCUAGGGAUGAGAGAUUCUUUGUUUUUGCUUCUACCCAGUUGCAGAGUAAGAAGUUGAUGGUUGAAGAGAAGGAUGAUGAGUCCUCUAAAUGGAAGAGCUCCAUCAAUUGCAGGGAUUCCGAGACUGAGGAGGAUGCAUUUUCUUCUUCAUCCAGAAGAAGUUGCCCCAAGUGGGAAUCAUACACAUUGUUCCAAAAAUAUGAUGAAGAAAUGGCAAUCCUAGACAGAAUUAGUGCACAGAAACUUCAUGAAACAGAGUCAUUAAGGUCCAUCCAAAUGUCUCCAAGAUCAAUGUCAGAGCGUAUUGUGUACAAGUUUCAGACUAUAAAUAAAAAAUCUGUUGAUGUUGGUCACAAUCCAUAUCGCGAACUAGAGGCUGCAUACGUAGCACAAAUUUGCUUGACAUGGGAAGCCCUUAGUUGGAACUACAAAAAUUUUCGUUCCAAACAUGCCUCACGCCAGGACAAUGACACGGGUUGUUCUGCCACAGUUGCUCAACAAUUCCAGCAGUUUCAGGUUUUGUUACAGAGAUACAUUGAGAAUGAGCCUUAUGAGCACGGUAGGAGACCUGAAAUCUAUGCUAGAAUGAGACUUUUGGCACCCAAAUUGCUCCUAGUGCCAGAAUAUCAAGAGGAGGAUCAGAAGGAUGGUGGUUUUCAAUGCAAAAUAUCAUCAGCUUCAUUUCUGAAGAUAAUGGAAGAUGGGAUCAAAACAUUCAUGAAUUUUCUAAAGAAUGACAAAGAGAAACCCUGUCAGAUCCUUGCAGCCUACUUCAGGAGAAACCAAAGAGGCACAGUUGAUCCAACACUACUGGGACUAAUGAAGAAGGUUAACCAAAAGAAGAGGGUGAAGGUUAAAGAUCUUAACCAUGCAGGGAAAUGCUUGAGGAAGAGAAAGUUAAAGGUGGAAAAGGAUAUGGAUAUUUUGAUGGCUCUGACAGACCUAAAAGUUGUGUCAAGGGUUUUAAGAAUGAGUGAAUUGAGUGAAGAGCAGUUGCACUGGUGUGAAGAGAAGAUGAGCAAAGUGAGAAUCAUGGAAGGGAAACUUCAGAGAGAUUAUUCCACACCACUUUUCUUCCCCUCACUUUGACUCACCAGAUGGUUUUGUUUGGUGAUUCCAUUGUUAGUAUAGUUAUAAUUGCACAGAAGGAAUAUGCAUGACACUCUAUAAUGUUAGAUUAAAGAAAAUGGAACCUUUCUACAAAUUGAAACAACAAAACAUGUGGAAACAUGGAUUGGGGUGUCCAAAUUCAGAAAAUGUUUAUGUUAUUAUGCAUUUUGAAGGUAGAAGGUCAGAGACAAAUCAAGUGUUGAAUCCAAAUAAGAAUGAACAAGGCUGUCACAGAUGAAGUUGAAUAAAACCAUGCAUAGUCUUAGAGAGAAAUAAAUAGAGAAAAUAAUGCAGAAACUGUCUACAGGUUAUGAGAUAUUUAUUGAAUUUACGGCAGCAUACAUUAUCUUGUAAGAAGUUAACAAUAAGAAUUUUUAAAAGGAUAUAUUCAUCAUUGUAUAUAUUGACAUAUUCAAGUUUGACUCCAAAAAUACAAUAAAUCAUAUCUCUUU